AUGACAGUCAAAGACACAGUCAAAGACAUUCCAGGGCUCGACAAGCUACCUAACUGCACGCUUGGAGUCCCACCAACAGAACGUGCCAUUGUCUCUAUCCCAGACCUUGAGUCGGUUCUCAUCAUUGGUGGCUGCGGGUUUCUCGGCCUCCACCUCAUUGAAGAGUUUUGGCGCGUGGCUCCACGGCGGCCGCGCAUUGCCGUCUUUGACAUUCGCCCCCUCGAUGCUUCCGUCGUCUCACCCACUUUUUACUCUUUCGAUCCGGCUCAGAUUGAAUCUAUUGUCGGCGAUAUUACGUCUCCUGAAGACGUGGCUGCGGCUCUCAAGCGAACACGCCCACAACUUAUUGUCCACUGCGUGUCACCCGUCCACGGCCUCGGUAAGGACAUUUACUAUAAAGUCAAUGUCCAGGGAACAGAAAACAUCAUCAAGCAGGCGCAUGCAGAUUCCACAGUUCAGGCACUUGUUUACACUUCAUCUGCAGGCACAGUCUUUAACGGCACAGACCUGAAAAACGUGGACGAAUCUGUCCCGUUCCCUAGCCCUGCCAUGGACGCGUACAAUGAGACCAAGGCCAUUGCCGAGACUGCAGUUCUUGCUGCAUCCGAUAAGACUCCAGCAGUGGGUCCUGAUUUCUCAAAUUCCUUGUUGACUGUGGCCAUUCGUCCUGCAGGCAUUUUUGGUCCUGGAGACCGCCAAAUGAUUCCAGAGCUUCGCAAAAUCCCUUUCCGUGGCCAACACAAGUUCCAGCUUGGCAACAACCAUUAUCUCUUUGACGUGACUUAUGUUGGUAACGUCGCUUAUGCCCAUGCUUUGGCUGCACAGCAUCUGCUCGCUCAUGACCAGGCCGUGGCAGGCCAGGCGUUUUUUGUGACUAAUGAUAGCCCCAUUUACUUUUGGGCCCUUGGCCGUGCUGUCUGGAAAGCAGAUGGCUUUGAGGACCCCCCAAAAGUCAUUCUUCCACGCUCUGCCGCCAUUGCCAUUGGCUAUGUUUCCGAGUUUGUGUCCAACUUGCUAGGCAAGGCACCAGGUCUCACUCCCUUCCGCGUCCGUACAGUCUGCGCAGACAAGUACUACAACAUUACAAAGGCAAAAUCUAUUCUGGGGUAUUCCCCACAAACUGACCUUCAAUCGGCAAUCACCCAAACACUUCAAUGGUUGGACGAACUUGACCACAAAAAUCAAAAGAUAAAGGCGUAA